UUGCAAUGAAAAGAAUCUGUGUUAUUGGAAGUGGACCAGCAGCUUUUUUCACUGCUGGCCAUCUUUUGAAAAGUUCGCAAAAUACUGUGGUAGACAUUGUUGAAAAGAUGCCUACAGCUCACGGACUUGUGCGGUACGGAGUGGCCCCAGAUCACCAGGAUGUGAAAAAUGUGGAAAAUAAAUUCAUCGAUCUUCUCAAUUCCGAAAGACUUCAAUUCUUUGGUGGAAUUGAGGUUGGACACUCUGUAAAGUUAUCGAAGUUGAGGAAGUUGUACAAUGCUGUUGUGGUGGCAACAGGAUGCGAGCGCCCCAAAUCAUUGGGCAUUGAGGGCGAGUUUGGCACAAACAUUCUUUCAUCUCAUGACUUUAUCACAUGGUACAACGGGCAUCCAGAUUCCAUGCAGAUGGAACCAGAUUUGGCGUGUUCGUCAAAUGCCGUGAUCCUGGGUCAAGGAAACGUUGCAUUGGAUGUGGCAAGGAUUCUGUUGACUCCGCCGAGUAUCCUAGAAAAAAGUGACAUAUCUGAUCGUGCUCUUUCAGUGCUCCGCAAAUCAGAAGUGCAGAACGUGUUCUGCGUCGGCAGGAGAGGGUUGGCUAAUGUUUCAUUCACAAUCAAGGAGCUACGCGAUAUAACGAAGAUACAAAACGUGGAUGUAUCCGUUCUUGCUACUAUGGGCGACGAGGAAAUUGAGUCACUUGCGAGGCCUAGAAAAAGGCUAAUGCAGUUGUGCAAGGAAUUUCAAUCCACAAAACGGUGCGACGAUUUUACGAGUCUCAAAAAGGACGAAGUGAAAAACUUCGUAUUAGACUUCAACAAAACUCCGUGUGAGUUUUUACUGAACGAGGAGUCGUUAUCUGUUGAGUCAAUUCAGUUCAAGGGGACCAAUGACAUGAAAGGGGAGACAGUGAAUUUUCCGACAGGGCUAGUGGUCAAGUGUAUUGGUUAUGAGGGGGUCCCAAUCGACAAGUCUGUUCCAUUCGACUCCAAGAAAGGUGUGUAUGAGAACGAUAAGGGCAAAGUGGACACCGGUCUCUACUGUUCCGGAUGGGCAAAGACGGGGCCAGUGGGGGUGAUUGCAGCCACACUCAACAGCUCACAGGAGACGGCAGACUGCAUCUUGCGGGACCUGGACUACCUUCCCAGUGUAGUGGAGCCAGGAGGUCUGAAGGGGUUCCUGCAGAAGAAGAACAUGGCGUUUGUGUCAGGCAGGAGAUGGCUGCAGUUGUACGAACGGGAAAUAGAACUGGGCAAAAUGGAGGGCAAACCAAGGAAGAAGUUCGAAUCAUACUUUGAUAUUAUGAAUGCAUUGAAUGGAUUCAUUUAAUUCUAAGUAAAUUUAUUGAUUUCUUAAAUGAUGAUUAAAUAUUAAUCAGUCCUGAGCAAUUGUUGAUGUUCUUUCCGAUCCCUGAAAAAAAUAUAUUUUAAACUUAAUAUUUAAAUUAUAUAUAAUUAAUUAACACCUGAAGUUGGAUAGCAAUUACGAGUUCAAUGGAUUGUUUAUCAGAU